AUGGCCUCUAAAGCACCUUACAUUGUCCCUGCCAUAAAGAGGCACACUGCCACUGUCAUCAUGGCUCAUGGGCUGGGUGACACGAUGAUGGUGGCCCAAAAUUGGCGUCGACGCGGCUUAUACGAUGAAGUUUCCUUCAUCUUUCCCAAUGCGCCCUCCAUACCCAUCACAGUGAAUUUUGGCAUGUCCAUGCCAGGAUGGUAUGAUAUCAAGAGCCUCUCUUCCUCUCUAAGCAUGGAAGAAUUCUUCGCCCAACGUGACGAAGCCGGCAUUCUCAAGUCCCGCGAAUACUUCAACACCCUGAUCAAAGAAGAGAUUGAUAAAGGAAUUAAACCUUCUCGUAUCAUAUUUGGUGGGUUCUCCCAGGGCGGAGCCAUGGCGUUGGUCACUGGCCUAGCUAGCCCCGUGAAGCUAGGCGGCAUCUUUGGGCUGUCGUGCUACCUGCCUUUGUCGCCUGAACAGCUUAAAAAACACAUACCGGAUGAAUGGCCGAACCAGAAGACACCUGUCUUCAUGGGCCACGGAGAUGUCGAUCAGGUAGUAAAGUUUCAGUACGGUCAGAAAACCGUAGAUAUUUUGGAGGAUAUUGGGGUCGAAGUGGAAUUUAAGAAAUACCCUGGACUAGGCCACUCCGGUGAUCCUGAUGAGAUUGAGGAUCUUGAGAAAUUCCUCGACCGCCUGAUACCGGAUGAGGGGAGCUCUACCUCCUCAGAGCUAUGA